CUUUCAAUUCCCUUUUCAACGCUAUUCAUACGAUUUAUACUUCUCGCAAUCACCACGCAAAAAUAACUCCGUGCUUAUCACACUUCGACACGCAAAAGUUGGAAAGAAUUGACGUAACAACUUCCACUUGGUAUUUUCUACAAAACAAAAUCUAACCACAGUGCCUAGAAAUGUCGCUUUUUCGCUCAGCGAACUUGGUGACACGGUUCUCCAGCAGAAAUCAGCUGGUCCAAAAGAUAAUUGUUGCUUCUUCUUCGCAGUGCAUGGCAACACGGAUGGUGCACAGCGAAACACAGCAGAGCUCGGAGUCGGCUGGUUCGGGCAAUCGUGAAUAUCCCAAAUUUCCUGGGGCAAAGGCGGCCUUCAUAAACAAACCGACGGUUUCGCUGCCGCAAAGCGUAAAACCAAUUCCAAUUUACCGGGUAAUGAAAUCCGAUGGAGGGGUUGAGGAACCAGAACAAGACCCAAACUUGAGCCGCGAAACGGUUCAGAAAAUGUUUCGGGAUAUGGUACUGCUGAACACGUUGGAUAAGAUUUUGUAUGAAUCGCAACGUCAGGGAAGAAUCUCGUUUUACAUGACUAACUACGGCGAGGAAGCCAGUCACAUUGGUAGUGCUGCAGCUUUGAGUCCUGACGAUUGGGUCUUUGGACAGUAUCGGGAAGCUGGUGUGUUGGUUUGGCGUGGGUUCACGAUUUCUGAUUUUGUCAACCAGUGCUACGGAAACAGAGAGGACGAAGGGAAAGGACGCCAAAUGCCUGUUCAUUAUGGAUCGAAGAAUUUGAAUUUUGUAACGAUUUCUUCGCCGUUGGGAACGCAGAUCCCGCAGGCCGUGGGUGCCGCCUAUGCUUUCAAACUGCAACCGGACAAUAAUCGUUGUGUGAUCACUUACUUCGGCGAGGGGGCCGCUUCCGAGGGAGAUGCUCAUGCUGCCUUUAACUUUGCUGCCACGUUGGACUGUCCGGUGAUAUUGUUCUGUCGUAACAACGGGUUUGCCAUUUCUACACCCGCCAGUGAACAGUACCGUGGCGAUGGAAUUGCCGGUCGUGCUUCUGGUUACGGUAUUGCGGCAUUGCGAGUCGAUGGAACGGACGUUUUCGCGGUUUACAAUGCAACUAAAGUUGCUCGUGAAUAUGCUCUCAAGCACAACAAACCGAUCGUUCUGGAGGCAAUGGCCUACCGUGUCAGUCAUCAUUCCACCUCGGAUGACAGUACUGCGUACAGACCGGCUGAGGAGGUGGAAGUUUGGAACACAAUCGAGUACCCGAUUGCGAAGCUAAAGGCCUACAUGAAGAGACGCCAGUGGUUCGACGAGAAGGAGGAAGCGAACAACCUGAAGGCGGUCCGACAGCAGGUUCUGGCCCAAAUAAACCAAUCGGAGAAGAUUCCGAAACCUGACUGGCGUGAGGUGUUCCAGGACGUGUACCACGAGAUGCCAGCCCAUCUGAAGGAGCAACUCAAGCAGAUGGAGGAACACGUGGAACAGUUCAAGCAGCACUAUCCGGUGGAUGAUUUCAAAAAUUAAUUGUCGUUCUGAACGAAAUCUUGGUGGACAGGGUUUAUAAUCGCUGUGACCUAUACAAAGUGCAUUUAUUUUUUUUUUGUAGAUCUUACAAUUUUUUCGAAGUCUUCCAACAAUAUAAAAAUGUAAAAAUAUACUGGUAAUAAAAUUUGUUAUUUUUU